UAAAUCUCUUUUUAUAUUGAUAGACAGCAAAACAGCUACAGAAUAUUGUUUUCUUUUCUGUAUUCUUUUACUUCUAUUAUUAAUUUGGUACUUUCCCUAUCAUAUCAUUUAAUACAAAGUCAUGUGGACGUUCCUGGGAAUUGCGAGCUUCACAUACGUUUACAAAAAAUGCGAUGCCGUUUUGACUUACGCCCAUAAAGAGAUCGUGCUUGCAGCGCUGGUGUUCUUCGCCGCCGGCUUGUUGCUGUCUUACACCAGGUAUCGCUAUGGACAGACGCACAAAGUACCGCAGAUACUGCGAGUACCACUGGAACUCCUUUCGUCCCUGCCGCUCGCAAAACGGUUCUUCAAACCAAACUGUUCCAGCAGUAGAGACACCUCGUCCAAAAAGGCAUCAUGUCGGAGGAAGAGGGCGGACCUGAAAAACGCGGCCAGCGUGGAGAAGGCUUCUGCGUGCAGCUCUGCCGUCGCCUCGGAACCCGACGUCAUCAUCGUAGGAGCCGGCGUGCUGGGCUCCGCCAUGGCCGCGGUUCUGGCCCGAGACGGACGGAGGGUCACUGUGGUCGAGAGGGACCUGCGGGAACCCGACAGGAUCGUAGGAGAGCUGCUCCAGCCAGGAGGAUACCGUGCCCUCAAAGACCUGGGACUGGAAAAUUCGGUGGAGGGGCUGGACGCCCACAUCGUGAAUGGCUAUGUGAUCCACGACCUGGAGAGCAGCGCUGAGGUGGAGAUCCCCUACCCCAGUGAGGACAACACCAUCCAGUGCGGACGCGCCUUCCACCACGGCCGCUUCAUCAUGGGCCUGCGCCGCGCUGCCCUUGCCGAGCCCAAUGUCACUUUUGUAGAAGGGACCGUGACCAGCCUGGAGGAGGAGGAUGGCUGUGUUGUAGGGAUUCAGUAUAGGGACAAGGAAACUGGGGACACUAAGGAAGUUCAUGCGCCACUGACCGUGGUCGCAGAUGGAUGCUUCUCCAAGUUUAGGAAAAGCCUGGUGUCUGGGAAAGUCAAAAUCUCCUCUCACUUUGUCGGAUGCAUAAUGAAGGAUUCUCCCCAGUUUAAGCCAAACCAUGCAGAACUGGUGUUGGCCAACCCCAGCCCUGUCCUCAUCUACCAGAUCUCCUCUUCAGACACCAGAGUUCUGGUGGACAUCCGAGGGGAGAUGCCAAGGAACCUCACGGAGUACAUGUCAGAAAUGAUCUACCCACAGCUGCCAGAACACAUCAAAGAGCCCUUCAUGGUAGCACUGCAGAACGAUCGCCUGAGGUCCAUGCCCGCCAGCUUCCUGCCUCCAUCCCCUGUGAACAAACCAGGGGUCCUUCUUCUUGGAGACGCCUACAACAUGAGGCACCCCCUGACAGGAGGAGGCAUGAGUGUGGUGCUCAAUGACGUCCGGAUAUGGAGAGGCCUGCUGAAGAACAUCCCAGAUCUCUAUGACGACAAAGCCAUGCUCCAGGCGAAGAAGAAGUUCCACUGGGAGCGGAAGGCAUCGCACUCCUUUGUAGUGAAUGUGUUGGCGCAGGCCCUGUAUGAACUGUUUGCCGCCACUGACAAUUCACUACAUGAGCUCAGGAAGGCUUGCUUCCACUACUUCAAGCUUGGUGGGGAGUGCAUUGCUGGUCCCAUUGGACUGUUGUCUGUACUAACACCAAAACCAAUGACCUUGAUUGGGCAUUUCUUCGCAGUGGCCUUGUAUGCAAUUUACUUCAGCUUCAAGUCAGAGUCGUGGCUGAUGAAGCCGCGAGCUUUCUUCAAAAGUGGAGCCAUCCUGUACCGAGCCUGCACUGUCAUGUUCCCUCUAAUCUACUCUGAGAUCAAAUAUCUGGUCUACUGAGGCAUGCUGGGAAGUGCCAGGAAAUAACAAAUCAGCCUUAUUGUCUUACUGUACAGUAGUUUGAUGAUUUUUUAUGUAACUCCCUGUAUAGUUGGGAGGGGGGCUUAAUUUGAAAAAGAUGCGCCUUGAAACUGACAAAUGGGUUUUUGAACUUUGAA